AUGGACUUUAUUCACAAUUUAAUCAAAAAAAUUUUUCCACAUAAUAUAAUAACUCAUCAUAUAAAUGACUUAACUAAUGAACCAUCCGAUCAAAAUAAUAUAACAAAUGAUAUUUGUAUAAAUCAACAAACGAAAAGAUAUCCUAUCAUUUUAUACAUUCGAAACCAUCAAUUUUUAUUUGAAAAUGUAUCAACUCUUGGUAUGUUUCUCAAAGCUAUUAUUCAUUUUCUUCUAUUCUCAAUUAUUCAACAUAAAUGUACAAUGUUUAAUAUCAAUUCACCACCAGAACCCUGUACAAUAUCAAAUUUAAUUCAAAUCUUAGCUGCAUAUGUCAGUAUACUACGAAAACAUUGUACUUCAUGUACAAUAUCCAUUCCUUAUGUUUCAAUUGCUGAUAUUUCAUAUUUGCUUGUACGAAGUGCAGCAGAUAAAUGA